AUUCACUUCUUACCUAAGCCAGAUACAACAAUGUCUUCUACUUUUUCAUUUUCCACAAUAACAAGAGCAAGAAAUUUGAUUGCCACAGUUUUUGUUGUUAGCCUCUUAACUAAUUGCUCUUACGCAAAGCAGCAUCUCACCACCCAUUUCUACUCUAAAACAUGUCCCAAGUUGUUUAGUACUGUACACCAAAUUGUUCAAUCUGUUGUGCACAAGGAAAAUCGUAUGGGUGCUUCGCUCCUUCGCCUCCACUUCCAUGAUUGCUUCGUACAGGGAUGCGAUGGAUCCAUUCUUUUAGAUGACACAGCCUCAUUUAAAGGAGAAAAAGGUGCUCAUGUUAACAAGAAUUCAGUUAGGGGGUUCGAAAUAAUUGAUGAAAUCAAAUCGGCAGUGGAGAAAGUGUGCCCCGGUGUGGUGUCUUGUGCAGAUAUUGUUGCCAUUGCUGCUCGUGACUCUGUCGUUCAAUUGGGAUGCAAAAUGUGGAAUGUCAAACUAGGUAGGAGAGACUCCCGAACAGCAAACUUAUAUGCAGCGAACAAUGGUGCUAUCCCAUCUCACUCCUCCAACCUUAGCGCCCUAAUCUCAGCUUUCAGCAAAGUGGGGCUUUCCUCCAAGGAUUUGGUUGCAUUAUCAGGAACCCCGGCCCAUAGACUCCUACUUCUCCCACGAAGGCCCGUUGAGUCCAAGGUGCAUCCGGAGCCCAAAUACAGCGGCCCAAGUCUCCAGGAAGCCCAAAACACACACGGAGGUGCCUUCGGCCCCCUUGGCCGAGGGCUCCAAAACUCACAGGACAGCCUUUUCGGGCAUACGAAGCUAGUGGGAGAAAACGACGCAAAACAGGAGCCUUCGGCAUUAUCAAGCCCUCGGCAUCAGGAAAGCCUCCAGCUGAUUCAAGCCUUCGGUCACAUGGAGCCCUCGGCUACUCGAGGAGCCUUCGGCCAAACAUGCUCAAUCAUCGAAGAUUCCCUUUGGAGACAGCCAACCACCGCAUUUAAUGCAACGUCACAUCCACCCACCGCAUUCAAUGCGGUGAACAUGCCACUGCCGGUGCCACCCGAUUGAUGUGACCCCUCGGCCGUUGGAUUGUUAACACGUGUACUCUCA